AUGGUGGCGGAGCGCCGUUCCUUGACAGAUUGUCUGGAGGUAUGCGGUCCAUGGACUGGUUUAUCCAAAUACGACCAACUAACCCGUCUCAUUAUAGAACUGCGCAAUACCGUCUACAAGUACUUCCUCGACCUCGACCCAUCUCUCGACCAGAGUAUCCAGUUCCUCCAAGUCAAUCGGCAGAUCCGCUCUGAAUUCGGGUCACUAUACCUGAGUCAGGGCAACGCUAUAGUACCUCUUGACUGCCUCAUACCCUUCCUGCGCGACACCUUCCAGUCUAUCGCUAGCCAGAGACCAAAGGACUUCACUUGCAGCUUCCUUGUACAGCUCGACUGGAACGAUCUCUGUUGGCACAGGAGCUUCUGGGACCUCGAUCUCUUUGAAACUGUCGCAUUCAUGCGUGGAUAUCCUUUACUCAACAUUGAGUGGGACCUGAACCCUUCCAACCGCUGUAGUUACUCUAAUCACUCCAACCGCCCUACCUACUCCAGCCGCGGCGACCGCUCCGACGUACCUGAAGAAGAAGAAGGAACCGAAGAAGAAGACGAGGACGAAGACGAGCCAGAGGAGAGACAACCCGAGGAGGCACAGCCUGACGAAGCACAACCCGAGGAAUCAGAAUCGGAGGAAGCAGACUCUGAGGAAGAAGAGAUAGCGAUUCCGCGUCAUUCCGCUCGAGUCACUUUCAGUGUUGACGAUAUAGACAUCGACGCGCCCCUGUCAAUACUCAGAGAACUGGAGGAUGAGUUGUACGCGAAGCUAGCUACUAUUGAUCUGUCCUUAUCUAUCAGGCCACCUUCAGAUGAGAAGUUCAGUGUCGGUCUAGUAGCCUAUCUCGACAUCGCUCUAAUGGCGAACUGUACGGAACGAGACUUCGAGAACUUUGGACUUGGUAUGGAAUGUGGGGGCAUCAAAGUGCGUUUUCAUAUAGCGCAUGAGCCAGAAAGCGAAUACAAUGUCUCCGAGAGCGAGGAAGACGAAUAG